AUGAAAGACCUCAAGAAAGACCCAGACAUAGCCAAGGUCACAGCUGACAAGAGACGUGCCAUGGUCAUCCUUGACAAGUCUGAGUUCCACUCCCUGGUCAACAAGAUGCUCACCGACCCCACCACCUACAGAAAACUCAAGAAGGAUCCCACCAGCACACUCCAACGUCAGCACAAGUCCACAUUGAAACGCAUGAAAGACACCUUUGAGAUUACCGCCCAACCAUAUUAUGAACUUUCUGUCUCGCAUCCACAGCACCCCUAUGCCCGCGCCACCAUCAAGAGUCAUAAAGACCUCAUCAAGGCAAGACUACUUGUAUGUUCAAGGGACACAGUCUUUUACAACACCACUCAGUACCUCGCCGAAAUACUCUCCCCUCUUGGUAAAACAGCGAAAUCCUACAUCACAGACUCCACAGACUUCUGCCAAACGAUAAGCAGCAUUACUGAACCCGACCAGAUUAUCAGCUACGAUGUUGUUGACCUCUUUACAAACUUCCCACCUACGAAGCCCUACAAAUCCUCCGUCAGCGCAUCUCCAACCUGGAUCGACCUUUCCAUAGACUCCAUCAUCAGCCUCACUAAAUCAUGCAUAACAUCCACCUACUUCACCUGGGGAGACAACAUUUUCGAACAGAUCCAUGGUCUCCCUUUUUCACCCAUUCGUACUGAAAUCUACAUGACCCAUUUUGAAGAAGAAACCCUGGCCUCCUUCCCCAUCCAGCCUGUGUGCUUGUAUCGGAAGGUGGAUGACACCUUUGUCAUCCUCGGAAAAGACCAACAUCCCACCUCACUACACCAGCACCUCAAUACCCAACAUCCCCGAAUCAAGUUCACUAUGGAGACAGAGAACGACAACAAACUCCCCUUCCAUAAUGUCCUUGUAUCCAGAGACCCCUGCGACACGAUCCAAACCAAAGUCUACAGAACACCCACCCAUUCCGACCAGUACAUUCAUUUCUACUUUAACCACCCCCCUAAAACAAAGUUCGAUGUCAUCUCGCCAAGAAUAUUUGCUCCAGCAGCGAUGACCUAG